GUUAACAGCAUACGCAGCUUAUUUUGCUUUGCCGGAUACAGCUUGUGAAAAUUCACUACAACUAUACAUCGACCACGGGCAACUGUGAAACACCGUGAAGGAGGAAUAAAUACAUUUUACAGGACCAACAAUGUUCCUGAAAUGUCAUUUUUCAUUUCUGGUUACGAUGUACAUUCUUCUUGUCAACGGAGAAAACGAAGAAAUUCGGAACUUAAAUUUUUGUUUCAAUUCCUCUCUAGAAGGUUUCCGACUUAAUGCCACUGUUCUGAUGACCAAAUACGUUUGCCAGUGGAUAGACUGUGUUAGGGAAUGUGCAAGUGAGCCAUGCUGUAGAUCAGUUAACUAUAAACAUAUAUCUUCCUCGAAAAAUUAUUCAAACUGCGAAAUGUUACACAACGUGGUCUACAAUGUUUCUGAACAAUUAUUGGAACGAAAUUCUCACUAUGAUUAUUUGUAUUUGAUAAACCCAAUGAAGAGAUAUAACGAAUGUUGCAUUCCGAGCGUGUUAAAAGAAAAAAAUAAUGUUGUUUCAGGCUCUAGUUGUCUUCACAUUAAGAAUAAAUGUGCAGUUUACACAGACGGAAAAUAUUUGAUUGAUCCAGAUGGGGAUGGCCAAGGCAUUCCAAUCGAAGUGAAUUGUGAUAUGACGUCAUUUGGUGGUGGAUGGACAAUGUGUUAUACAACAAACAGUCAUGUCAAUAUAAAGACUGAACUCACCACUACACCUGAUCUGGGAUAUCGAGCAGACUGUAACAACAUUUCGUUCACUGAAGUGAUGUUUGUUGAUGAAGAAUCUCAACAAAAGGCAGCUUUUACUAAAGAUGAUGGUCCACCUAUCACAUUUGCUGGUAAUUACAAUAAGCCGAAUGCAGGAUCAUAUGGCUUAUGGACAGCAAAUGAAGAUGGUGUGGCCACGACGGAAUACAAAUAUCAAAUGCUUAUUUGUGACACAUCCUUCUUUAAGGGUCUUCAUUUCUCUGGAUAUACUAAUAACUGCUACAAACGUUGCGAUUACUGGUGUGGUGACAAAUCGUCUCCAUAUUUUCGUACAUCUGCUGUCUCAGAACAAAAAUUCAAAGGCGUCGCUUUCAACGAGAAUGGUGAUGGGCCAAAAGCAAAUCGCCUGAUAAGUGUAGGAAUUCGUUAAGAUGUAACCUAACUUGGGUCACGUCAUACCAUUAUUAUAUAUUAUGAACAAACUGCACACAUCAAGAACUGUAAACUUUGAUUUUAGUAAAUGGUUAUAUCACUGUCUUCAUGUAAGCAUAUUUUAUCUUUUGA